AUGGCGUAUGCAAGUGAUGAGAGUAUGUUCGAGUAUCUAAAUGUUGUCAGCAAGAUGUUUGAUAGUGAGGCUGAAGGCUAUGAAUUCUACAACAAAUAUGCUCUUGAAAAAGGUUUUAGUGUGAGGAAAAGCUACGUUGAGUGGGAUGGAUCCAACAAAUACAUAAUUUUAAGGAAAAUUGUGUGUAGUCGUCAAGGGUUUCGCGAAGAGAAGCACAUGAAAAGAAAGAUGGAAGAUAGAAAGAGGAGGCCACGAAGUUUAACUCGUGUUGGGUGUAAUGCUAAAUUGGUCAUUACGAGACAGGAGGAAACCGGUCGGUGGUUUGUCAAGGAUUUCAUCGAUGAGCACAGCCAUCCUCUAGCCCCACGGGAUCUUUCUUGUCUGCUGCGUUCGCACAGACGAAUUAGCGAUGAGCAGAAAGCGGACAUUGCGGACAUGGAAAAAUGUGGGAUCCGCAAAUACCGUAUUAUGGAUAUUUUGUGCUUUCAAUACGGUGGAUUUGAUAAGGUUGGAUGCAUAAAGAGGGACAUUUAUAAUUUCUGCCAUGCUAAUAAGCAGGAGACAAUCAGUGUCGGUGAUGCUAAUACGGUGAUCAUGCACAUGAUGGCGAGGCGAGAGCGAGAUGUGGAUUUUUUCUUCAAGUACUUGGUAGACGAGCAUGGCCAUCUGAAGGGACUGUUCUGGGCUGAUAGUCAAUCGCGACUUGACUACGAGGCUUUCGGAGACGUCAUUGUUUUCGAUAGCACAUAUAGAACCAACAAAUACAAUCUGCCAUUCGUGCCGUUUGUCGGGUUGAAUCACCACCGGAGCACUGUCAUUUUUGGCUGUGGUAUAAUUUCUCAUGAAACAAGCCAGGCAUACGAGUGGAUGUUGCGGACCUUUUCUGAUUGCAUGGCACAGAAGCAUCCGAUAUCUGUGAUCACAGAUGGGGACCUUGCAAUGCAGAGAGCAAUCAGGGUGGUCUGGCCAGACUCAAACCAUAGACUAUGUAUAUGGCACAUUCAGCAGAACAUUGUACGCCAUCUGCAUGAUGACGACGUAAAGGAGGAAUUCAGAUCUUUCAUUUAUGAUACUUCUUCCAUUGAAGAGCAUGAGAUAGAAUGGAUAUACUUCUUACAACGGAAUAAAGUAACCAGUGAGGAGUCUUGGCUGCAUCAGAUGUAUCAAAUGAGAAAGUUGUGGUGUGCUCCAUAUCUUGAGGGGCGUUGUUUCCUAGGAUUGAGCAGCAAUCAGAGGAGUGAGAGCUUGAACUCUGUGCUACAUACGCAUCUUGAGGGUAAGAUGUCGUUGUUUGAAAUGCUAGAGCACUAUGAGCGUUGCCUUGCGUCGCGACGGAUUAACGAAGCUCUCCAUGACGUCGAUGCCUUGCAGUCCAUUCCAUUUACAGAGGAAAAUGCUUCGCCGCUUGAGAAACACGCCGCAACAGUUUUCACACCUAGUGUCUUUAAGAUGGUCUUAUGGAGCAUAGAUGCUGUCAGCAAAUGUCAGAUCAGAGAGAUACUAGAUGGAUCAGAAGAUUCCACUUAUGUUGUGUCCAAGCAGGAAAGAAUGGAUAAAAAGUUUGGAGUGCGCAUUGAAGAGCAAGGAGGUCUUUUGCACAGGGUUAUUAUGGCAUAUGCUCGCAUUAGCCAAAUUGAGAAUGAUACUACCUCAAUCAUAUCCCCUGAAGAAACCGAAAAGCUGUUACAAAUGAAGGGGGUGGUUCCUGUUGGACGUGCAGCCUCAUGGUUAGCUCGUGUAGCAGAAAAAUUUGUAGGGCGCCGAAAGGUGCAUGUCCCACUGAAUGUACACCAAAACCAUUGGAUGCUAAUGAUGUUUAAUUUUGACAAAAAAGAAAUUCAGACUCUGAACUCCAUGAAUUAUCAUUGCGAGAAGACCAAGGAAGAUUCUCUUGUGGACUCGAUUCAGUUCUGCAUCGACGAAGCUGUCAAGAAUGGGUUGAUAUCACCAGCUAAGAACAUCAAUUUUGCCGAAUGGACCAAAAAACGCUAUGAGAACAUACCACAACAGACCGAUGGCUUGAAAGCUAUGCUGACGUAA